GCCCACUAUCGGCAGUGUGCGGCACAGCAGCGUGAACGCAGACAGGUUACAAUGUCACUGGAGAGAUGUCAAUGUGAAUGGACUGAAAUAGAUCAAGAAUAUCAACAAUUACAGGAAGCUCACAAAGUCUACAGACAGAAGUUGGAGGAGCUGAUCAACCUGCAGGCGAGAUGCAGCAGUGCCGUUAGCAAACAGAGAAAAAGACUGAAAGACCUCAAGCAAAGUCUUCAUAAGUGUGCGAAAACCUGCAAUGGGAAGGAAAUAGAUGUGGUAAAUGACUUGCAGGUCCAAAUUAAAGAAAGGCAAAAUGUCUUUUUUGACAUGGAAGCCUAUUUGCCAAAGAAGAAUGGAUUGUACUUAAAUUUGGUCCUUGGAAAUGUGAAUGUUACGCUCCUCAGCAACCAAGCAAAAUUUGCCUACAAAGAUGAAUAUGAGAAGUUCAAACUUUAUAUGACCAUAAUACUUAUGUUUGGUGCCAUUUCCUGUCUCUUCCUUCUCAACUACCGGGUUACAGAUGAAAUCUUCAAUUUUUUAUUGGUGUGGUAUUAUUGCACUUUGACGAUAAGAGAGAGUGUGCUCAUGAGCAAUGGCUCCCGAAUUAAAGGCUGGUGGGUUUCACAUCACUAUGUCUCAACCUUUUUAUCAGGUGUUAUGUUAACAUGGCCAGAAGGUCCAAUGUAUCAGAUGUUCAGAAGUCAGUUCCUGGCCUUCUCCAUCUAUCAGAGUUGUGUGCAGUUUCUACAGUAUUAUUAUCAGAGCGGCUGCUUGUAUCGGUUACGAGCUCUGGGUGAAAGAAACCAGCUGGACCUGACAGUGGAGGGAUUUCAGUCAUGGAUGUGGAGGGGGCUCACAUUCCUCCUUCCAUUUCUGUUCUUUGGCCAUUUUUGGCAGCUGUACAAUGCUGUGACUCUUUUUAGGUUGUCUGCCCAUGAUGACUGCAAGGAAUGGCAGGUGUUCAUGUUGGCCUGGACUUUUCUCAUAUUGUUCCUGGGUAAUUUUCUCACCACUGUGAAAGUGGUCCACCAAAAACUCCAGAAGAACAAAGGAAAGAUCAAAAAGAACUGAUGAGAAGCUGGAAGAUUUCAUACCCAAUGAGGCCAGUGUGGAACUCGCAGAACUGAACUACAAAGUGCACAACUGUUUCGUCUAUUGAGUCAUGUCCCAUAAGCUGUUUGGAGAGAGUCGGAGGAAGAUGUUGACAUCUCUCGAACUCAUUUUGGCAACAGUGGAAACUCGAGAUUAUGUGUAAUGAUGCCCUUUUGUCUGCCAUGUUUUUGCUCUUAUUUUAUGCAAUCACAGCUAUUAGAGGGUAAUGUUUGGGUUAGGUACCACUGAAAACUUUAAAGUUUUUAAACACUGUAUACAUAAGUGAGAACACUUUUAUUUUGUUCUCUUGCAUGGAUAUGUUUACAAAAGCCACACGCUGCUGAAAUGCAGAUGCUCAGUUCAGUGCGUUCUCAAAGGGAUUUCUGCUUUGCAUUUAAAGGGGUCAUGAACUACCUUUUUUUUUUUUAUUUUGUACUGUUCUCUGAGGUCCACUUAUCAAGAUUUUUACAUAAAAAAAACAUCAUAAUUUAGAAGUAAUAGACUAUUUUCUGUCCUGUUUUGACCCCCCUCAUCGUAACACACAGUUUGAAUAGGCGUGGCGGAUUGUAGAAUCGGAAGUAAACGCCCACUGGUAUGAUUGGCUAACAAUUUUGCAUAUUUAAAAAUCCUACAUCCUUCAUAGAUGGACGCUGCUGUGAUUUAGGUUAAAAACGCAUAAAUACUCAGUACAUAUCAAACGAUCUGUAAUAACAGACAAAGCAAUAGUGACCACGUAAUAAAAACAGUUACUCACACU